AUGGAGGAAGAUCUUGAAAGAUGUCUACGAACUUUGGCCAAUGGAGAGAAAGCUUUUAGAACAUUACAGAGUGGUUAUAAUAUCAGCAGAAAAAUCAAUUGGCUGCCGGCUAGAGAAGCAGACGACGAACAACAUGGUGUUGGACAGCAGGAGUCUGCUGGUGUUGGACAGCAGGAGUCUGCUGGUGUUGAACAGCAGGAGUCUGCUGGUGUAAGACAGCAGGAGUCUGCUGGUGUAAGACAGCAGGAGUCUGCUGGUGUUGGACAGCAGGAGUCUGCUGGUCAGGAGUCUGCUGGUGUAAGACAGCAGGAGUCUGCUGGUGUAAGACAGCAGGAGUCUGCUGGUGUUGGACAGCAGGAGUCUGCUGGUGUAAGACAGCAGGAGUCUGCUGGUGUAAGACAGCAGGAGUCUGCUGGUGUUGGACAGCAGGAGUCUGCUGGUGUAAGACAGCAGGAGUCUGCUGGUGUAAGACAGCAGGAGUCUGCUGGUGCUAGACAGCAGGAGUCUGCUAGACAGCAGGAGUCUGUUGGUGUAAGACAGCAGGAGUCUGCUGGUGUUGGACAGCAGGAGUCUGCUGGUGUAAGACAGCAGGAGUCUGCUGGUCAGGAGUCUGCUGGUGCUAGACAGCAGGAGUCUGCUGGUGUAAGACAGCAGGAGUCUGCUGGUGUUGGACAGCAGGAGUCUGCUGGUGUAAGACAGCAGGAGUCUGCUGGUGUUGGACAGCAGGAGUCUGCUAGACAGCAGGAGUCUGCUGGUGUUAGACAGCAGGAGUCUGCUGGUUUAAGACAGCAGGAGUCUGCUGGUGCUAGACAGCAGGAGUCUGCUAGACAGCAGGAGUCUGCUGGUGUUGGACAGCAGGAGUCUGCUGGUGUUAGACAGCAGGAGUCUGCUGGUUUAAGACAGCAGGAGUCUGCUGGUGCUAGACAGCAGGAGUCUGCUAGACAGCAGGAGUCUGCUAGACAGCAGGAGUCUGCUGGUGUUGGACAGCAGGAGUCUGCUGGUGCUAGACAGCAGGAGUCUGCUAGACAGCAGGAGUCUGCUAGACAGCAGGAGUCUGCUGGUGUUGGACAGCAGGAGUCUGCUGGUGUUGGACAGCAGGAGUCUGCUGGUGUUGGACAGCAGGAGUCUGCUGGUGUAAGACAGCAGGAGUCUGCUGGUGUUGGACAGCAGGAGUCUGCUGGUGUUGGACAGCAGGAGUCUGCUGGUGUAAGACAGCAGGAGUCUGCUGGUGUUGGACAGCAGGAGUCUGCUAGACAGCAGGAGUCUGCUGGUGUAAGACAGCAGGAGUCUGCUGGUGUUGGACAGCAGGAGUCUGCUGGUGUUGGACAUCAGGAGUCUGCUAGACAGCAGGAGUCUGCUGGUGUUGGACAGCAGGAGUCUGCUGGUGUAAGACAGCAGGAGUCUGCUGGUGUUGGACAGCAGGAGUCUGCUGGUGUUGGACAGCAGGAGUCUGCUAGACAGCAGGAGUCUGCUGGUGUAAGACAGCAGGAGUCUGCUGGUGUUGGACAGCAGGAGUCUGCUGGUGCUAGACAGCAGGAGUCUGCUGGUGUAAGACAGCAGGAGUCUGCUGGUGUUGGACAGCAGGAGUCUGCUGGUGCUAGACAGCAGGAGUCUGCUGGUGUAAGACAGCAGGAGUCUGCUGAUGUUGGACAGCAGGAGUCUGCUGGUGCUAGACAGCAGGAGUCUGCUGGUGUAAGACAGCAGGAGUCUGCUGGUGUUGGACAGCAGGAGUCUGCUGGUGCUAGACAGCAGGAGUCUGCUGGUGUAAGACAGCAGGAGUCUGCUGGUGUUGGACAGCAGGAGUCUGCUGGUGCUAGACAGCAGGAGUCUGCUGGUGUAAGACAGCAGGAGUCUGCUGGUGCUAGACAGCAGGAGUCUGCUGGUGUAAGACAGCAGGAGUCUGCUGGUGCUAGACAGCAGGAGUCUGCUAGACAGCAGGAGUCUGCUAGACAGCAGGAGUCUGCUCCAUCUAGCAGUCUGCUAGAAGGGGCAGAGUCUGCUUCUUCUAGCUAG